AUGGCAAAUGGUAGCGGAAAGGGAGAGAAGAUAUUGGUUUCGGUAAGGGUAAGGCCGCGGAACGACAAGGAGAAGACGAGGAACGAUAUCUGCGAUUGGGAAUGUGUCAACAACACAACAAUUGUCUGUAACAAUAACUUGCCUGACCAAAGAUCUCUCUUCCCCUCUACCUAUACAUUUGACAAAGUGUUUGGAUUCGAUUCCCCAACGAAACAAGUCUACGAAGAUGGAGCCAAGGAGGUUGCCCUGUGUGUCCUCGGCGGAAUCAAUUCAAGCAUUUUUGCGUAUGGACAGACGAGCAGCGGGAAAACGUACACUAUGACCGGCAUCACUGAAUUCGCAAUGGAUGACAUAUUUGGUUACAUUCACAAGCAUCAAGAACGCGAAUUCACUCUCAAAUUCUCUGCAAUCGAGAUUUACAAUGAAGCUGUGAGGGAUCUCCUUAGUGGAGAUAAUAAUCCAUUGAGGCUUCUAGAUGAUCCAGAGAGAGGAACAGUCGUCGAGAAACUAAUCGAUGAGACCCUCCGAGACAGAACCCAUCUAGAGGAACUUCUUUCAAUUUGCGCGGCUCAGAGGAAGAUUGGAGAAACCUCCUUGAAUGAAGUUAGCUCCAGAUCACAUCAGAUUCUCCGGCUGACAAUUGAAAGCUCUGGUCGAGACUAUUAUCCGGAAAACUCCAGCACUCUUGCAGCAUCUGUGUGCUUCGUUGAUCUGGCUGGAAGUGAACGUGCUUCUCAGACUUUAUCUGCUGGAACAAGAUUGAAAGAAGGUUGUCAUAUAAACCGGAGUUUACUUACUCUUGGAACUGUCAUCCGCAAACUAAGCAAAGGUAGAAACGGGCACAUACCGUUUCGAGACUCAAAGCUAACUCGAAUCCUUCAGAACUCAUUGGGGGGGAAUGCGAGAACGGCUAUCAUAUGUACAAUGAGCCCUGCUCGUAGUCAUGUUGAACAGUCGAGAAACACCCUUCUCUUUGCAACCUGCGCUAAAGAGGUGUCAACAAAUGCUCAGGUCAAUCUGGUUGUGUCUGAGAAGGCUUUGGUGAGGCAACUGCAACAGGAACUGGCUCGAAUGGAGAAUGAGUUGAAGAAUCUAGGAUCUGCUUCUUCUGCAGGCGCUGACUUCUAUUCAUUGCUGAAACAGAAAGAGGAAGUGAUUGCAAAGAUGGAGGAACAAAUGAAAGAAUUAAAAUGGCAGCGGGAUCUAGCUCAAUCCCGGGUGGAGAAUUUACUUAGAUCAGCAGAAGAGCGGUCUUCUAGGAUGGAUGAGCAGUCCAUGUUAAGCUCCAUGGAUCUUGAUGCAGAUCUCCGAAGAAGAAGCUAUGAUUUAACAAAUCUUGGAGAACCUACUAUCAUUAAUAACUUAACCGAGAGGCACUUUGAGUUUUUGGAGAAUUCUGACGACGAAGAUCAUUUCCUGCUGGAUGAUAAUACCCCUCAAUUUUCGGGGUACAACCUGUGCAAUGGCUGGGAGGAGAUGGCUCAAAUAACUGACCAAAAACUGGAAGAUGCAUGCAAAGAAGUUAGAUGCAUUGAACCUGAAGGUGAGCAAAGUAGUGAAUCAGCAACAGUCGAAAGCCAUGACUCACUCGACGAAAUUGUUGACAAGAAGGCUGUGUCUGAGGUUCUCUCACCAAGAAAGGAAGAAACUUUAUCAUCUCUGGAAUACAAACAAAGCUAUAUCUCUUUCAUGCGUAAUGAGAAAGUUGAGAAUGAAGACACGGAGAUUAGCACGCCUGCAGAAAAGGAAAAGGUUAAGGUUAACUUAUCCUCGAAAACAAUAGAUGCAGAGCUGAGAAACUCUUUUAUGGGUAAUGAGAAAGAAGACAUGGAGAUUAGCACGCCUGCAGAAAAAGAAAACGUUGACUUAUCCUUGAAAACAAUAGAUGCAGAGCUGUGUUUAAAGGAUAAGCUUGAGACGCAUGAGAUAACUUUAAAGAACUUGGAUAUGGAGACAUGUCCAUCAGUUGAAGCUCGAAACACUGAGGAAUCUCGGCCUGAGGAACGCUCAAAGAAAGAAGAAAACGCUCAGUCAGAGGAGCAAUCAAAGGAAGACUUCGAAUUGAACUCACACCCUAUGAAGAAACAAACUGAAGAGACAGUAGAAAUGGAGUUAAUACCCGAUGGUGCAAAGCUAGAUGAGGAUGUGACAUCUGGACAGAAGUGGGAUAACAAACUGCCACAAGACGCUCAUAAAGAUUACAGCGAAUCAUCUGUCUGCAAUAAUAUAAGCGCAGAUGAUAUUGACAACAAUACUUAUGAGGCUUUGAAAGAAAAGGUUAAGGAGAUGCAGAAGAAAAUUGAAUACCUUAUGAAUAUGCACACAGCAGAACAACAACAGUCACCCUCCUUCAGACGAGAUUAUAAGAGUCCAGAUUUUUUCACUACCAAAAGAAGCCGAAGUUGCAGAGAGAAUCUCUUGGGUGCUAGAUCUCCUCAUUGGUUUGAGAAUUUGGAAGCUGUUAACAAGAUUUCCAACACUUCAAGCAUUUCCUUUGAUUCAGGGAGCACUCUUAGUUCUACCCCCAUUGAUGCAAAUAGCAUGAAAGACUCUGAUCCGGAAACAGGUAAUAGCUUCCAUGAAUUUGUAGCAGGGCUUGAAGAAAUGGCAAGGCAGCACUCAAUUGACUCGACACCUGAGCUAGAUUAUGGGAUGUCAUUUGCCCCCACAAGAUCCGAAAAAAUGGAAAUCAAGCCAGAAAGCCCUGCAAAUAGCAUCACAGGAAACACGCAUGCAUCACCAAAUCCUCAAAAUAGAAAUGAAGAAACCACAGAUGCCACCAGUAAUCAAUCAGAGAGAGAGCAGGCCAAUAAUUUGGUAGAAGAAGCAGUACCUAAGAAAACAGAUUCCACAGAGGCUUCCCUGGAGAAACUACAGGUUGCUAAUGGACAAUAUUCAAGCAGUUCUUCAGACUUUGAGAGACAGCAAAAGCAAAUAAUUGAGCUUUGGGCAGUUUGCAAUGUACCAUUGGUUCACAGAACCUACUUCUUCUUGCUCUUCAAAGGUGAUCCUUCCGACUAUGUUUAUAUGGAAGUUGAACUCAGAAGGUUAUCGUUUCUGAAGCAGACGAUGUCUAAUGACCCGGAAACAUCAAGGAUACAAACUGUGAAGGCACUCACACGCGAGAAGGACUGGCUUUCCAAGCAAAUACCAAAGAAAUUUCCAUGGAACCAGAGACUAGAACUUUACCAAAAAUGGGGCAUUGAGAUGAACUCAAAGCAGAGAAGCCUGCAAGUUGCGCACAACCUGUGGACCAACACCCAAGACAUGGAACACAUAAAAGAGAGUGCUUCUCUUGUGGCUAAGCUGCUUGGAUUUGUUGAGCCAAGUCGAAUGCCAAAGGAAAUGUUUGGCCUCAGCUUGUUACCUAGAACCGAGAACAUAAAAUCAUCUGGCUGGAGAUUUACCAAAUCAUUCUCUGCUAUACGCUUAACUGGAUUAUAA